CGCUGGUCAAGAGCAAGCUUUCAGACCCAGCCAGAGAGCGCGCUCCGUUCCUAUAGCAACGGCGCCCGAUCCACGUGCCUACGGUGAACGUCAAGGCCAAAAUAGGUUCGUCGCGUGUGCGGCUUAAGCCGGUCUGUGCGCGCAUCGCGGGCGCGGGGUCUUUAAGGGGCACGUGACUGCCCCGGGCCCGGGCCCCGCCUCCUUUCCCCUCCCCAGGUGCUCUGGUGUGGACUGGAAGCGCCGGCCCCGGCGGAUUCACUGGAGCACGGACGCUGCGGCCGGUUGGGCCGGUGCCCUUUCCCGCUCUGGGAAGGAAGAGAUGGAAUUGAAAAGGUUGGGCGUUUCCUGGCAAUUCUUGAUAGUUCUGGUUGUGAUCCUGCAAAGCCUGUCUGCGUUGGAUUUUGACCCGUACAGAGUCCUAGGGGUCAGCCGCACAGCCAGCCAGGCUGACAUUAAAAAGGCAUAUAAGAAGCUCGCUCGGGAAUGGCAUCCUGACAAAAACAAAGACCCUGGAGCAGAGGACAAAUUCAUUCAGAUCAGCAAGGCUUAUGAGAUUCUGUCCAAUGAGGAAAAGAGGACAAACUACGACCACUAUGGUGAUGCCGGUGAGAACCAAGGCUACCAGAAGCAGCAGCGCGAACACCGCUUCCGCCAUUUCCAUGACAACUUCUAUUUUGAUGAGUCCUUCUUCCACUUCCCCUUCAAUUCGGAGCGGCGGGACUCGAUCGAUGAGAAGUACUUGUUGCACUUUUCACACUAUGUGAAUGAAGUGGUUCCUGAUAGCUUCAAAAAACCCUACCUCAUUAAGAUCACAUCAGAUUGGUGCUUUAGCUGUAUCCAUAUCGAGCCUGUCUGGAAGGAGGUGGUCCAGGAACUGGAAGGACUGGGUGUGGGGAUUGGUGUCGUCCAUGCUGGGUACGAAAGACGCCUGGCCCAUCACCUGGGAGCACACAGCACCCCCUCCAUCCUAGGGAUCAUCAAUGGGAAAAUCUCCUUCUUCCACAACGCAGUGGUUCAUGAAAACCUACGGCAAUUCGUGGAGAGUCUUCUUCCAGGAAACUUGGUAGAGAAGGUCACAAAUAAAAAUUAUGUGCGGUUCCUCUCUGGCUGGCAGCAGGAGAAUAAGCCACACGCCCUCCUGUUCGGCCAGACGCCGGCAGCGCCACUGAUGUACAAGUUGACGGCCUUCGCAUACAAGGAUUAUGUGUCGUUUGGAUAUGUGUAUGUCGGCUUGAGAGGCGUGGAAGAGAUGACCAGGCAGUACAACGUCAACCUCUAUACCCCCACCAUGCUCAUCUUCAAAGAGCACAUAAACAAGCCCGCUGAUGUGAUCCAGGCUCGGGGACUGAAGAAGCAGGUCAUCGAGGACUUCAUCACCCAAAACAAGUACCUGCUGGCCUCCCGGCUCACCAGCCAGAAGUUGUUCCAUGAACUCUGCCCCGUGAAGCGGUCUCACCGACAGAGAAAAUACUGCGUGGUUUUACUGACAGCCGAGACUAACAAAGUGAGCACACCCUUUGAAGCCUUCCUGUCAUUUGCCCUGGCAAACACUCAAGACACGGUGCGGUUCGUGCAUGUCUACAGCAACCGACAGCAGGAGUUUGCCAGCACAUUGCUACCGGACAUGGAAGCUUUCCAGGGGAAGUCAGGGGUGUCCAUCUUGGAAAGGAGAAACACAGCAGGGAGGGUGGUGUUUAAAACCCUGGAGGAUCCCUGGACUGGCAGUGAGAGCGAUAAGUUCGUCCUUUUGGGUUAUCUUGACCAGCUGCGGAAAGAUCCAGCAUUUCUGUCUUCAGAAGCUGUGCUCCCUGACCUGACCGACGAACUGGCUCCUGUAUUUUUCCUCCGGUGGCUCUACUCUGUUUCUGACUACCUCUCGGACUUCUGGGAGAGCCUGCUUCACAGUAACUGGCGGGAGAUGAUGCCCCUGCUGUCCCUCAUCUUCUCGGCCCUCUUCAUCCUCUUCGGCACGGUCAUGGUCCAGGCUUUCAGUGACUCAAAUGAGGAGCGAGAGUCGCACCCUGCAGACAAAGAGGAAGUCCCCGAGAAGGCUGGGAAGACUGAGCCAAGCUUCACCAAAGAGAGCAGCAGCAAGAUUCCUAAAAAAGGUUUUGUGGAGGUGACUGAACUCACAGAUGUGACAUACACCAGCAAUUUGGUACGCCUGAGGCCCGGUCACAUGAAUGUGGUCCUCAUCCUGUCCAAUUCCACCAAGACAAGCCUGCUGCAGAAGUUUGCUUUAGAAGUCUACACCUUCACCGGGAGCAGCAGCCUCCACUUCUCCUUCCUGACACUGGACAAACACCGGGAAUGGCUGGAGUAUUUGCUAGAGUUUGCUCAGGAUGCGGCCCCGAUCCCAAACCAGUAUGACAAGCACUUUAUGGAACGAGACUACACUGGCUACGUGCUGGCCCUGAACGGCCACAAGAAGUAUUUCUGCCUUUUCAAGCCACUAAAGACAGUGGAUGAGGAGACCGUGGCCUCCUGUGACCCUGACUCCUCCCGAGGGAAGCCUCCCUGUGGCCUUGGGCCCAAGCCCCUCAAAGGCAAGCUGAGCAAGUUGUCGUUGUGGAUGGAGCGCCUGCUGGAAGGCUCCUUGCAGAGGUUCUACAUCCCGUCAUGGCCUGAGCUGGACUGAGCGAGGCCUCAAGAGGGUGGCGUGCCCCAGGAACAGGGAUUUUUAAGAGAGUCUCCAAUGUAGAUUUCUCUUCUAGAGCCAUGGCUAGAAGACCUUUCCUUUGUCACCUAGGAGUAAAGCACCGCAGGUUUGAUCAUUAGAUGAACAUCUUCCUUCCCCUUCGGGUUUUCUCCCCCGGAUGAAUGCCGCACUACUUCAGUAGACUGCCCAGCCCCUCUUCUCUGCUGUCCCUGUAACGUGCUCACACCCCUGUCCUUACACUGCAGAAACCCAGGGCUUGACCCUGAGCUGUGCCUGGACCAACCUCAGGAUCUUCAUGAGCCUGUCUCAUGGGGUGGGUCACUCACCUCUUCCCCAGCCCCUGCAGCAGGCUCCUGCUGGCCCCUGCUUAGCCUCUGCCAAGGUGUGUGCUCUCAACACGGGAAGCCCACCACAGCUUUUAGGUCCUCCAUCUUCAAAAGAUGCCUAGCUUGCAAGCAGUUCUCUAUGUGAUUGUGCUUCUGGGAGCAAGCAUUGAGAAGUAUAUUUUGGGGGUAUCCCCCACAACAGUUGGCCAAGCAUGGUUUUGAGAAGAAAGGGGUGAGCAGGGGGUGAAGGUGUAGCAUUCACAUUUGGUCUCCCCACCGAGAGGGAGGGUGAGCACUGGCUGGACGUGCACAGCCCUGUGAUCCUGCGUGAGCUUCCCUGUUCCCGUCCCCUUCCCUCACCGCCCUCCCCGUCAGCACCAUCACGGCCAGGGCUGUCUGCCUCGCCAGCACUGGGAUGGCUGAGCUGCUGACCUGUCUCCAGAUGCCUUCUCGCCUCUGGGUUUUAGAGUUUGAUGCUAGGAGCCAUAUCCUGUGAUCUUGUUCUCUGAACAUAGAUAAGCUGCUAUAGAGCCAGUAGAUUUAAGAUGGCAGCACUUAGUCCUACCCGCCAAGAGCUAGGUGCAGGAGCCCUUCCUGCCUCGCUCUCCAGUAAAACGCCAGGCGUGUCUUCAUAGCAAGGAACCUGACCUCGCUGACAAUUGCAUUUUGAACAUUGUUGUCCCCAAAGAGCUGAAUCUUCAAGUCGUCUCUUGUGACUGUAAGCCAAGACUUGUCCGGACUCCUGUCAGUAGGCAGCUAGCUAGCUUCUUCCUUCUGGCGUUCCUGCUUCAUUGUUUCCUCCUUCCCUUAUUGCUGCUUCCUGCUGCCAGAUGAGACCCAUCAGCUCCAAUUCGCCUGGUUCCAUGAACCUUGAGCUCAGGGCCAGAUCAUGCUCACCUGCUCAAGGGCAUACCUUUGUUUUUAGAGCCAACUCAUGAGGGGAGUUUGGACAACUGUCACACAUGAUGUGUUCUACUGUCAAGCAAGUGCCCUUUUGUAAAGUGAAGGGCACAAAUCAGGGACCGGACAUUCACUCAGUGAGUAUUCUCCAGUUGUAAUUGCUUUGAACCAAGCACCUCGGAUCCUGACUACUUUAAACACUGAGCUCCAGUGGUAAGUGAUAAAUUAUUUGAACCCAGGAACUCUGUAGUUUUCAAAGAGUCUUUAGCUUUAUUAAAAAGUAAAGAAAA